UUUCUAUUGGAUUUUUAUAUUUGGGUUCAACAACUUAAUUUGUUGAGAUCAAAAAAAAAAACCAACAAAAUAAAAAAUUUAUUAUUAUUAUUAUUAUUUAACUGUUUUCUUUAUGUACUUCAUAUUUAUUUUUUAACGAAAACACAUUUAAAACAGACGUAUGUGUAUGUAGGAGUGUAUAUGGACCAACCCUGCAUGUAGAAAUUAAACCAUUACCUGGUCUUAUCUACUUCAUCGGGAUCGUUCUGCUCAGACCCUUAUCUUGAUGGUUGCAAUAGUUGAUAACUUUAAAAUGUCUAUAACCUCGGAUCUUUCAACUAAGAAAUGAUAGUGAAACAUUUAAGCUAGGCAAUAGUAAACAAUUCACAGUACAGAUGACAAGCGAAAAAGCUUAACGAAUCUAACGUAGCAGCACGAGAAAAAGUUAAAUCUCGUUAUGUUAAAAUUCUAAUGCCACAGUUUCUUAGUUUCGGUAUAAAGUUCCCCGUUGCAUUAUUUUAGACACACUUUUAACUUAAGGCUAGUAAGUAUCUGUCUCAAUCUGCUCUGUCACAAGAUAAGUUCAAGUUUGUCUGUUCAGUGCACUUAACCUUUCCAGUCAUGCUUGAACCUACUACACUGGUUAUGAUAUUUUAAAUCUGGAACAUAUCAUUGGUUUUGCUUUUUCUUAUUAUUCUUAUUGUUAUCAAAUAUAUUUUCUGGGGUCAUUCUUUUAACCGGCGACUAACAAACCAAAAAAGUCUAUCAUGGAUUAUUUUUUAUUUUUUUUUGGUUUGAUUAUCCACGGAGCGGUGCAAAAACUCCGAAAUUUCUUCUUAUUGGUCUCAAUCCCUGGGGAGAAUCUGGGGUAUUGUUCUGUACUUCCUUUCAUCCCGAUUAUAUAAUUUAAUCGCCAACUCCGAAUCUCCGAACAACAAAUUAAAACUCAUGAAACAAGCAAUACAAGGUUAAGGCUGACUCAUUGCUUAUAGAUGGCAUGUUUCAAAAUGAAAACCUUAAAAUCUACACCUAUUUAUAGAACUCGAGGCAUGUGAGUUGCACCAAAUAUAAACUAUAGAACUUUAGCUUCACAUGACAUCAAAUGCUCUCAGUCAUUCUUUAGAAUCUAGUUACCAAGCACCAGUAAACACCAUUGCUUUUGUCUAUGUUUCGUACGAUAUUACCAUCUUACUAAUAAACAGGAGUCAAGAAUCACCAAAAGAAAAGAAAGAAAAUAUUUUUUUUUGAAAUUCCCCCGGAGUUGACUUAUCAAUUUAUUGCUAAAAAUAUAUGCUUAGAGUAAGGUGACUUUAAUCUAUUUUGAUUGGUGUGUGACGUGGAACUCUUAUCUUUUAGCCUCGGAAGACGCAUGGCUGUGCUGCUCCUAAUAUUUUCACAAGUCACAUUGCCAAGAGUUACAUAGCCAAUAUGAAUCUGUCUAAAAUAAACCAAACUUAAACCAAUCAUACUUGAAUCUGGAGACAAUUCUCAAUAAAAGUUAUUGACAUGAAACGCUUGUAAUGUAUGAAAAUUGACAGUCAUGCAUUAACCUGCAGAUCACUAAGCAAUAUUGCAUAACAAUACUGCUGCUACUAACUACUAC